AGAGAGCACCAAUUGGUGGUUAGAUUAUCAUAUCAAUGCCUCAUCAAUUAUUUAAUAUUUAAUUGAUAUUAGAAAAGCAAACAAGACAUUUGGUAAUUUUCUGCUACAUACUAAAGAAGAGUUUCAAAUUAAUUCUGAAUCAAGUAGUGAACUUCAAAUUCAGAAAUUCAAAAUGAAAGAGGCCUUUACACCAUGCCAAACUCUAUUUGUCUUACUGAUGACCAGCAGAUGUCUUUGCUUAUUAAGACUUCCGUGCAAAUUCUACGCUGACUUCAGCAUUAUCCUGAACAAUACUGCUGACACAGGGACAGUCAUGAAAACAAUUUCUUCAAGGACAGUGCGACAGUGCACCCUCGAAUGUCUUUCUUGGCCUAAGUGUCUCUCUUUGAAUUACAAUCGUGGGACGAUGACUUGUGAGCUACUGGAAAGAAGGUUCAACGAGAGCGUUGCGCUGUUGACGGAAAGGGAGGGCCAGGUGUACAUGACAACAGACGAUGGGAAAAUAAAUAAUGGACCUGUUUGUGAGAUUAAAUCUCCUUGCGAAAAUGGUGCGAAGUGCAAAGAUAUAUGUGAUGAAAAGGGGUACAAGUGCAUAUGCGCCCCACUUUAUUACGGAACACAUUGUGAGAAGUUGAAACAAGAUUGUGGAGACGUGAGAAAGUCUGGAGAAACGGUUAGCGGAGUCUACGAAAUUAAACCGGAUCACAAUUGGAAAGCCAACGUCUUUUGUGACUUUGUAUAUGGCAGUCAAGAUUGGAUCGUCUUUCAAAGAAGAAUAGACGCCAGUGUCGACUUUUAUCGAAACUGGGCGUCAUACAAAAAUGGAUUUGGGGAUACGAGUAGAAAUUUUUGGAUUGGACUUGAUACAUUGCACAGACUGGCUGCUCCAGGGAGAGGGGCUAUUCUACGGAUCGACAUGAAACACCGCAACAGUCCAACAACUCAGUAUUAUGCAGAGUAUUCUUCAUUUGAAGUUGGUGACGAAGCAUCUGGUUACAAACUGCUUUUACGUGGAUACUCAGGUAAUGCCGGUGACUCCAUGGCCAUUCAUGAUGGCAUGAAAUUCACAACAUAUGAUCGAGACAACGAUAACAGUGAUGGGAAUUGUGCCAACCGUUGGAAUGGAGCAUGGUGGUACAAAUCAUGUCAUGAGGCAAAUUUAAAUGGACUCUUCCCAACAACAAGCACAACAAGUCCAACAUACAUGGGUUGGCAUGGAAUUUAUGGAAGUCAUGGCAACAUAAUAUUUUCAGAAAUGAAGCUCAAAUAUCACAGGUAAAAGCAAGGAGAUCGUUAAAAUACA